GGGGGCGUGACAGAGAGCAGAGACGCAGCUGGAGGAGCUGCUUAAAAUAAAAAGCCCCUCGACUGGGGCCACUACUGCUCCGGCGAUUCCCAUCGAAUGCAAGCUUUGACCUGCACACACAAGCACACGGCUGACAUCCUCACCCACACUAUCGUUUUUUUUAUCCAGCACGACCAGCCAGUCUUCCAGCUUGUUGGAUGCAUAGCUUGUCUGUAGUGGACCGGAGGAGGACAUCUAAAGCCUUGUUCUUUUGGAAAGAAGAGACGUAUCCUAAGAAGGAUGGACACAUUCUCAUCCACAGGAGAAUUGCUUUAGCCACACUGCGCUGCUCCGGAUGCCACAAAGCCCGGGCAAGUAAAGCUGAUUAACCAAAUACACAAUCUCUUAAUGAACUUCUGACCGCAGCUGGCCAGCAUUCCAAGAUCAAAGGGUCGUGACCCCGAACAGCAGCAGGCAGACCCAUUGGAAGCUGCAUGAGCAUCAUGCUGAGGUCUGGUUGAAGAAGACAGUCCAGUGCCUGACAGAUUGCAAGGGGAUUACCAUGGGAUCUGCCUGUGACAUUCAAACCUGUAGCUGCUACACCUCCUCUCCCUCAGCACCAGCUGAUUCAGGUUCAUACGCAGGAUCUCGAUGGCAUAAAGGCCACUGUCACUUUACAACAUAGUUGGAUGCAGGACGCAGCUAUUAGGAAUUAAUGGCUAAAUAAUAAUACAGUGGCUGCAAUGUCAUCAGGAAUCAGGAACAUUUAUUACCAAAAUAUGUCAGACAUACAAGGAUUUUGACCUGGCGGUUGGUGCGUAACAUCAGACGGUAAGACAAUGGAAAACAAGACAGAUAAGACAACAUCGUGCAAGAAUUUAAUACUGCAAGAGGAAUUUAAGUAAAAAAUAAAAAGUGAAUUUAAAAAGUAAAAAGAUAAAGUGCACCAGCAAGCAGAACGUAACAAGUGUAAGAGUACGUGCAUGUGGAGUGUGAAGAGAGUGACCGGUGGGGACGUAGAGAUCUACAGAGUCUUUCAAUCAGAGGAUUGGCGGUUCGAUCCCUGUCAACGGGAGGCCAAUGAUAGUAAGCUGUGAUGCACAUGUGGUUCCUUACAUGAUAUUUCCUGCUAUCAGUGCGUGCACAGGUGUGAAUGGGUGAAUGAUGACAUCUAGUGUUAAAGCGUUGUUUUUACCAGUUAAUCAUUGACAGCAGGUCCAGUGGGAAGUUGGACACUUGUAAAUAAUGAUAUUGUAUUUGCUGAUUAUUUGUCUAUGGCGCCCUACAGAGUUAUUAUCAACACCAAAAUCUUCAACUGUAAGAGUUGACUUACUUACGUUUUACUGUGUACUGAUUCCAGGUGUCGGUGUGUAAAGUGAAAGAUUGUGUCCUUACCCUCAUUCUGACCUUUACACGCGUAGCCUUUAUGUACCAGGUGAGGAUCAAAUUACAGGAACGUCUCAGCGGGCACGCCCCAACCCUGCUCUUCAGCCAGGGAUAAAAAAGAAGGAAAGGGAAACCUCAUAAGCCUUGAAUCCAGAGGCCAGAGCUGAAGAAGAUUUGCUUUCUAAAUGGAUUCUCCGACCACAUCAGGGAAGGUUUACCUCCAACCACACAAAGCUGGAAAGAAAUGGAAGCCCGUGUGGAUGUCUCUGUUUCCCUCCAGCAGUGAUGGAGUCGGUCGACUGGAAAUCCAGGAUAUGGGAGGUGAUCAUGUGACCGGGGCCAGGAGACACUACCAGCCUCACGUGGACAGGAAGCUGAAGGUGGUCCCACUGUCCGAGCUGAUCAGUGUCCUCAGACUCCCCCCAAACGCAGAGGCCUGCCCCAUGGAGAACAUGUCAGCAUUUUGUGUGGAGACCCGGCUCAGAACGAUGGUGUUUGCUGCACUCAAAGAGGAAUGCGUCGACUGGGUGGAAAAACUGUGUCGCAGCGCGCUCCAGCGAAGCGUUGGCUCAGAUUCCAGUCAGCUUCAGAUGGAGGAGAACCAGAUUUAUGCCUCAGCAGAUGAAGCCUCACAGUUCUUGGUGACGGUCCAGAAGACUGACGCAGCGACGCGCUGCGGCCUGAAGGGGUCAUAUUGGCUGCAGGUGGGGCGAGAGGCGCUGCUGCUGAGGGAAACUCAGAAGAAGAACAUCGUUAGAGAAUGGUCGUACGAACUGCUGAGACGUUAUGGAAAAGAUAAGCUGGCCUUCACCAUUGAAGCAGGUCGCCGCUGUGAUUCUGGUCCUGGGACAUUUACCUUUGAGACGCCGCAGGCUGAGAAGAUAUUCUCCUCGAUUCGGGCUACCAUCAAUCAAAAGAGUUCAACCACUAGUUUAGGCAACCCAAACCAAGAAGGUGAAAAUGUCCUAGCAGCAAAAAUACAGGCUCAUUCCCCUCUCCCCAAAAUACCAGAUGCGACCGGCAUUGCCGCCAUUCUGGAGAACAAGCUGAGGAUAAAGGGGAAGGCAUCUGCUGCUUCACAAGAGAGUGCACAAGAAGAUCUGGCUGGUUCGUCGGAGAGUGUGUCAGUGCAGCCGGCUCCCAUCACCCUCAUGCCUCUUCCGCUGGUCCCCACGUACGGCAGCCGCAGUGGAGGUGGUCUUGGCGGCCAAUCAGAAGCCGUGUAUGCGGAUCCAGCCGAUUGCAUCCAAUCGGUAACAAAGGCCAAACCGAGCGUGGCUGUGUAUGUCGAUCCUGCCGGUGUUCUCCCGCUCAAACCCCCCGGCACUCCCUGUACGGACACCUUGGCUCCACCUCCCUCUGAUCCCUCAGACCACCCCGAUCCAGUUUACUCUGAAGUCUACGACAAAAUCAGCCCGGUCCAGAUUGAACGGACUGAAAUUCAGAGAAAUGCAAAAAUUGAAUGCGUUGCAUCUGAUGAACCCAUUUAUAGUGAGCCCAUGGCCAAGAUAGAUGAAGUUUAUCUGCAAAAGGAAAGCAAAGCAGACCCAUUUGCCCAUCUUUAUGCACACGUCUGCAGAAGAACACCAGCAUCUUCGUCCUCAAACACUUUGCCUACCAGCUCUUCCUCCUCUACCUCGCUUUCUACCAGUAUGCCCACUGACCCGUCUCUUGAUGAUGUCAUCUACGAAAACCUGGGCAUUAUUUAAGUUCACACUUGUUUGUACAGUGACCGCUUGAGACUGGGAGUUCAUUGAGGAACUCUAGGACUUAUAUCUGUAUACUAACUAGUAUUCUUCUUCAAGAGACACCAAACACCUCAUGCAGGCUUUCUAACACACGUCUAAGCAUCGCGCUGUAAUAACAUUACUGGACUCAUGGUGGACAGCUGGGUGUGUUAUGGAAGUACAGCAUUCAGCCUCAAGCUUGUCUAAUUAUGGGAUUUUUAACGUUGUAUUCAUCAGCCCCUAUUGACACUUACUCAUUCACCGCACAACAUCAUUGCAGCUGAGGCCACCCUCACAUUAAUACUGAUACUUCAUCGUCAAUACUUGAUGUGUAAAAUCCGUUCCCCUUUCAAAGGAAUAUAGCAACAUCUAAAACACAUUUUCAAAAGGCAAUUCACUUAAUUGCAAUAUGUAUGGGCAGUGAUAGAUAAUGGUAUUCUUGUUAUGCUAUGAAAUGAACAAUACAUUAAAUGUGUAUGUGAUCAUGGUUGUGAUGUUAUGAUUAAAAUGUCUUCAGCGCUCUAGGACCAGUAAAGAUGGAAUUAGUAUUUUUCACAGUGUUGAGAGUUGUCAAGUCUCUCCUUCUUUUCUUCCAGAGCGACAUCAUUUGUUAACGUAAUGUAAUGUGUCCUCAAUUUGUAAUUAUGUUUAGGAAAAGAUUGUUGUUGUACAUUGUUUCCCAGUUCUUAAUAAAAACACAUUUAUAUUGUUAAA